AUGGUCGAUUCUGUGUGUUCCGAUCCAUUGGCAGGAGAUAGGUGGCGUGACAUUCGCCGACUCACCGAUAGACCAUCUGGAUAUGCUGUGCCAUGGUUUGAACCUGGCCCGGAGAACAUGGAAGCUCUUCAAAAAACGCGAGUGUUGGUUGUUGGUGCUGGUGGUCUUGGUUGCGAAUUGUUGAAAAACUUGGCAUUAUCUGGUUUCGUAAAUUUGGACGUUAUUGACAUGGAUACCAUUGAUAUCAGCAACCUCAAUAGGCAAUUUUUGUUCAGGAUGUCUGAUGUUGGAAAAUCAAAGGCGGAAGUGGCGGCUGCGUUCGUGCAGGACAGAGUUGCUGGAUGUAAAGUGACUGCUCACAACUGUCGAAUAGAGGACAAACCUCCAUCGUUCUACAGACAGUUUUCUUUGGUCAUCUGUGGACUUGAUUCGAUUGCAGCAAGGCGUUGGAUUAAUGGAAUGCUUUGCGACCUUGUACUCACUGAAAAUGGGCAAGUGGACACAUCAACAGUUAUUCCGCUUAUUGAUGGUGGUACCGAGGGAUUCAAAGGGAAUGCAAGAGUGAUCUAUCCGAAAAUGUCGGCAUGCAUAGAUUGCACGUUGGAUUUGUUUCCACCCCAGGUGAACUUUCCAUUAUGUACAAUAGCGCACACUCCGAGAUUACCCGAACAUUGUGUGGAGUACGUGAAGGUUAUUAAGUGGGUGGAGGAGGCGCCAUUCAAAGGAGCUGCCCUUGAUGCUGACGAUCCUUCACAUGUUGACUGGGUUCUUACUCAAGCGCUUGCUCGAGCCCAGGAAUACGAUAUAAAAGGGGUUGACCGCCGUUUAACCCAAGGAGUUCUGAAACGAAUCAUUCCAGCCGUUGCUUCCACAAAUGCUGUGAUAGCUGCCUCUUGCGCUCUGGAAGCUAUAAAACUUGCUACAAAUACUGCAAAGCCCAUUAACAACUACUUGAACUUUACGGAUAUUGAAGGAGUAUACUGUGGAGUAGUGCAAAUGGAACGAGAUCCAGAAUGUCCAACAUGUAGUGGCGGAUAUAUACAGGUUCCCUGUAGCAAUGAUGACACACUACAAGCCCUUAUCGACAAAUUGACUGAGAAAUUUCAACUAAAAAAUCCUUCUUUGGAAACAGCUACUGACAAAAUUUACAUGAUCAGUGAACUUAUUCCCGAGCUCCGAGAAAAGAGUGUGCUUAAUUUGGAACGACCUCUUAAAGAACUUGUAUCAGCAGAUGAAGAUGUUCUUGUGGCUGAUGAAGUUCUUUCGAAAUCUUUAUCGAUUAGAGUUACUUAUGUAAGGUGA